AGGUGUACCAACCUCUGAAAUCAAAUUGCGUCCUCUCCACCUCAUUUUUCAUUCUCUGAAACCGUAGUCUCGGUCUUCUCUUCCCACAGCCUCCGGCACCACCAUCUUUUCUCCCACCACAACCACCGAGACGGCCUGUUUCAGCCAAAGUAACCAAGUUUUCUUCAUCUCCUCAAUAUGAUCCAUCUUUCUAUCCAAACAGAAGAUGGUUGAAAAAAUGGGUAGUUCCUUUGAACGAAGUUUCCAAGCAACUCUGGGCUUGUUUCAACAAUCGAACAACAUAUUCAUCAUGCUCUCCUUCUCCUGUAUAAAAUAUAUUCUUUCUUUUUUUAGUAUUCAACUGUUGGAAGCUGUGUUGUAUGAAUUCUAAUACUUGAUAGAUCAGGAAUGUCCUUUUCCAUUUAUAUUAAUAUUGUCAAUAAGUAGCGAGUAGAGUAUUGCGAAACUGGUCACAUUUUUUUGUUUGUUGCAGGUAACAAAUACACCAUUGGCUGAAAGAGUAACCUUUAUUUUCAUUAUGCAUCAAAGAAAUCAAUAGGAUAUGCCAUUGCACCGGUACUGCUACACGGUUCACCCAUAGUUUGUUCUGGACUUGGAUUCUGAACUUCAAGUUCAAAUCAGUUGAGCUGUCCAAUCCUCCUUUGUCUACCCAGAAACUAAUAGGAGUGGAGACAAAAAUUACGAAUUAAGAUCACUUUCGAGAUUUACUCUGUCGGGAAGUAAAACAAACUUGUGACCAAGGGAGUCUGACGAGUGCAUGACAGAAUCGAUGGCUCCAUGGCCACCAUGAUUGGACUUCAGAAACGCUCCAUCUCAGCUAAUGUGCGCCGCUCAACACUCCAUUGUGACAAAAUUGGUUCUUCAUUAUCUGUUGCUCGUGUGCAACAUUUCAAGCACGGAAGUAGCUAUUAUAAGGGUGCUCUUGUUGCGUGUUUGAGUAAUAAGAGAAUUUUUAGCAGCAAUGCCAGUAGCCAUGCUCCUGAUAACCCUUCUAAAAGAUUUGGUAAUGGUGGUGGCAUGUUGAAAUUCACAUCUGAGGAAACACACUCGGUUCUUGAAGCACCAUGCCUCCAACACUGGUUUAAAAACUGGCAGACACUUAGGAAACAGAAGCUGACAGCUAGUACUUUUGCUGCGGCCAUUGGGUUUUGGCAUAAGCGAAGAUCUCAGCUAUGGUUAGAGAAGAUUGGUGCUAUAGAACCAUUUUCUGGAAACCUUGCCACAUGUUGGAGCAAUAUCAAAGAGGAAGAAGCACUUGAAAGAUACAAACUGAUAACUGAAAAUACUGUAUUGUUUUCUGAAUUUCAGGUCUACGAUUCAAAACCAGAAGACAGUUGGCUUGCUGCUUCACCGGAUGGUAUAAUUGACAGGAUGGUAUAUGAUUUGCCUUCUCGUGGUGUACUGGAGGUUAAGUGUCCGUAUUUUGGUGGAGACAUGAGUAAAGCUUUGCCUUGGUAUCGAAUUCCAGUUCACUAUAUUCCUCAAGCUCAGGGUUUAAUGGAGAUUCUAGGAAGGGACUGGAUGGAUUUUUAUGUUUGGACUGUUAAUGGUAGUAGUCUAUUCAGGAUAUAUCGUGAUCCAGAGUAUUGGGAUGUAAUGAAAAUAGCACUUUCUGAUUUCUGGUGGAAGCAUGUUCAGCCGGCAAGAGAGUCGUAUAGUAGCAGUGUUAUAAAAGAUCCUCUUUUUCAAUUAAGAUCACUAACACCAGCCCCUAAACAUGAAUUAUGUCGUGAUAUAGUUUAUAGAAGUAAACAUAUUGUUGAUAAUUCUAAUUUGUUGAUCCGGGAAAUACAUGGGAAAAUGACAAAUUGAUUCCUCCAGCUGUUAGAGCUGAGUCAUUAGUUUAGUAACCAAUUCUUUUGCUGCACAUUCUGUAAUAUUUGAGUGGUUGGUUUAAAUCAAUAUAGUCUAUGAAGAUAUUGAUUUUGCUGAAGUGAACUGUGGACUGACGUUGAUUAUAUAAAACCAUAUACGAAAAGUGUUACAGAUUUCAA